AUGCCUCCAGUAUCGAAAACCUGUCAGAGUUGCGCAGAUUCAAAGGUGCGAUGUGUCCGGGACACCGAUAUCGCCCCGUGUAAUCGGUGCUGCCGUUUGGGAAAAGAAUGUCAAUAUCGUCAAAAAGGUCGUCGAUUUAACGGCUUCCAAAAGGAUCGUAAGAUCGCGGCUCUUGAGUCAAAGAUCAAUGAACUGAAGGCCAGCCGUGCUGGCCUAGAAGAAAAUGACACGAGAACGCGCAGCGCAUCAUUAGCAGACGGUGACGCUGUGCUUGAAGACAUCAUCAGCCGAGAUUUCCUUGACAUAGAGACCGCCGAAAGAUAUCUAAACACAUUCAAGACCAAAAUGACCCCACACUUCCCAUUUGUGGUUGUGCCCCCUGAUGUAUCUAUCAAGGAGCUCCGCCAGGAAAAGCCGUUCCUAUGCUUAGCUAUCCUUGCCUCAGCUUCAUUCGAAAACAUGUCACUGCAACGGGCGUUGGGGGACGAAGUCAAGAAAGUCGUCGCAUCACGCAUGGUCAUCGGUGGGGCAAUCUCCUUUGAGUUGCUGCAAGGACUGUUGGUGUUUCUCGCAUGGUCGCAUUAUCACUCACGGCCACACCGUUAUACUCAAUUCAUUCAACUGGCUGUAAGCCUCAUGAUAGAUCUGCGGUUAGACCGUCCCCCGCAGACGCGGUCGUGGAAGACAGAGUUGCGCUUUGGGCUUCAAUAUAAUCUGCAAAAUCAGCCAUUUAAUCGGCCUUCUUGGGGAAGCGACGAGCAUAGGGCUGUCCUGGGCUGGUACUAUUUAGCGUCUUCAAUUGCGAUACUUGUGCAAAAGAAAUCGACCAUUCUGCGUUUCCCGUACCAGGAAGAGUGUUGCAAAUCUCUCCAAGAAGCCAAGGAGUAUCCCCAUGACAAAUAUAUCAGUUAUGUGAUAGAGCUCCAAUUUAUCUCAGAAAAGGUCGACCAACUAUCUGCAAGGCAUGAAUUUGAGUUGGAAACUCCUGGAUCGGGAUCAGAGCUCUAUAUCACCAAUUUGAAGUCAGACCUGGAGGCAUUCUACCGUCAUCUACCGUUCAACCUUAGCGAAAGCUUUCUUCUUUCUAUGCAAUACCACGCGACAUGUCUUAGCCUAUACCAAUUAGCUCUCAACAUCACCAACCAAGAGUCCCACUCACCCUUUGACCCCAACUCCUGGAGGGAGGAAAUGUCGUUCUCAGCGUUUAUCUCAGCCAAUUCGAUCCUCACUCUGUACAUUAAACUUCCCUCCAAAGAGGAAGUCGGAUUCAACAAUACGCAAUGGGUACAGAUAGCAUUUGCCCUGCUAGUUGCCUACCGACACACCAUGGCAACCUCCAAGCCAGGUCAAACAGCCGCCUUCCUAGAUACCCUGUCAAAAUUGGGAUCGAGAGUUGGGGCGUUGUCUACUUCUGAUGUAGAUAUGAAUGGCGCUCGAGAUGCUUUCUUCGACUUCAAGAACCGUAUAGUUCGAAUCCAAAAUUGGCUCGGGGGAACUGGUAGACAGGAAGAUGACACUCACAUUGAGGAGAGCUUUGAAGAAUUUCAACACACGUCAUGCUUGGAACCGACACACUUUGAUGGGUUUAUGGGGGCUGCGGAGACUGGUGAGAAUUUUGAUGUCUCUCUUGGGAAUUCAUUUCCAUCGGCCGGGGGCUUGCAAAUCCCCAAUGAUUUCCUCUCUGAAUCUUCGUUUGAACAGAUUAUGCAUGACUGGGUAUGA